UCCAACCUCUACUCUCUGCGUAAGAGGCUGACGAUCAUGCUGUGCGUAAAGCAGUGUGGGAGAAGUGGUCGUCUGGGGGCUACACUCACAUGCUCUCACCACUUCUUCUUUUUUGACCUCUUGAAUGGAGCAUAACGUCAGAGCGCCGGUUCAUUGUGACACUGUGAGCCGACGGAGCGCACGGUCUCCGGCCGCAGACGCGCACUGAGGCUGCAAGAGGACGCAGCGGGAGCGGUGAUGGCUGAGUGACAUUUGAAUCCUCCUGUUUGUAUUAUUUAUCCGUGCACAGCAGUCAGCGAUGUGCAGCCCGUCGAGGACAGAGUCGGACUGCUCUUGGGUCUUGUUUCUGUCGAACAUGGAGCCUGGAGUGCCCUUUGGACAGACUUUGCGCUGUGAAGUUGUUACUGUAUGGAGGCGAUCGGACAUUUAUUUUGAAAUAAUACACCAGGCUUCAGCUGUGAGUAAGAGAGCUGCUGUUGGCUUUAAAUAGCAGUAACCUCAAAUUACAGCUGUUUGGGACCUACAAACAGGGCAGAAAGGGGAGCUACUGAGACACUGAGGAAUUAAGUUACUGCUACCUCUUCAACACUGCAGCUCAAAUGAUGUCAGAUCUAAUUUACAAUGUCAGGGGCCAAAUGUCCAACCCAGGAUGCGUUUGCCUCAAACAUCUAAUCUUUCAGCAUGCAUCGUGCAGAGAUGGAGAUUUUUGUGCGAGGCUGCAGCACUGGAGCCUUCUAGAUUGUAAUCCAGUGGUUAUAAUGUAGCACAACUCCUCAGUAUGACUUGAAGGAACUCUCGCCAACCUGCACAUGUUCAGGGAUGGAUCUCACGAACUUUACAACGGUCAUCGACAGUGGGUUUUUGGAUGAGGCACCAUCAAGCCGCGUCCUAACUGGCUGCUUCCUCUCGCUGCUCAUCCUCACCACCUUGCUUGGAAACAUUCUAGUUUGUGCGGCUGUCACCAAAUUUCGACACCUUCGCACAAAAGUGACCAACUUUUUUGUGAUCUCCCUGGCUGUGUCAGACCUCUUGGUUGCCAUCUUGGUGAUGCCGUGGAAGGCGGUGACAGAAAUUGCUGGGUUCUGGCCAUUUGGCUCCUUUUGUGACACCUGGGUGGCUUUUGACAUUAUGUGCUCCACAGCGUCCAUUUUGAACCUUUGUGUGAUAAGCUUGGACCGGUACUGGGCCAUCUCUAGCCCCUUUCGCUAUGAAAGGAAGAUGACACCCAGAGUCGCCUAUGUGAUGAUAAGUGUAGCCUGGACGCUGUCUGUCCUCAUUUCCUUCAUCCCAGUGCAGCUCAACUGGCACAAGGCCCAAACUAAAUCUCACAGAGCUCUCACUGGGUCGUCUGGCUCUUCAGGUUUAAAUGCUACAACUUACCACAGCCCGGAGAACUGUGACUCGAGCCUUAACAGGACCUACGCCAUCUCAACGUCCUUGAUAAGCUUUUACAUUCCUGUCGCCAUAAUGGUGGCAACAUACACCCAGAUCUACCGAAUUGCCCACAGACAAAUUAGGAGGAUAUCUGCCCUGGAGCGAGCAGCUGAAAGUGCCAAAAACAGACAUGAUAGCAUGGGUGGAGGAUCCAGCAUCGCAGAGUCCGAGAGCUCAUUCAAAAUGACAUUCAAGAGGGAGACCAAGGUGCUGAAGACUUUGUCGGUCAUCAUGGGGGUGUUUGUGUGCUGCUGGCUUCCGUUCUUCAUCCUGAAUUGCAUGGUGCCCUUCUGCGAGCAGUCGAGUGGAGGGGAGGCUUUCCCCUGCAUCAGCCCCACCACGUUUGAUGUGUUCGUGUGGUUCGGCUGGGCUAAUUCCUCCCUCAACCCCAUCAUCUACGCCUUCAAUGCAGAUUUCCGCAAGGCCUUUUCCAUCCUGCUGGGCUGCCACAGACUGUAUCCAGGAGGCCACAAUAUAGAGACGGUCAGUCUAAACAAGAAAUGACUCAUGACUCUCUCACAGCACUGACUCAUCCUUAAUGCUAAGAGUCCAAGCAUUCCUGUUGAGGCCGGUCUGAUCAACUUCAAACGAGGACACUGCUCUCUGUGCUAACUCUUUGUGUGACUGAAGGAUACAGUGACCCUCUAUGUACCCGUGUUUGCAUUAGGCGAGAAGCCCACCUGUGUGCAGACAUUCAGACUGAGCUUUCCAUGUUCAUUAUGGUCGCUACACCGUCUUCAAAUUGUAGAAGCUCCAGGAAGAGCAGAGGGGAUUUGGGGUAUUGAGAUUAAGACUCUCUGCUGUUGCGCCAGGGAGCACAGCGGUGCUGACAUGCCUCUGGGAUAGAUAAUCCCAUGACUGGGCUGCACACUCCCUAAUGCUGUCAGACACUGCUCUCUUCAAUACCAUCACACACACGUACCCAAACACAAACACUGUCAAAACAUGCCCCUCUAAAUACAGUGUAGUUGCAGCACUCAGCAUGAACACUACGACAAAUUAUACGACAGCACCCAGAAAUAUUUGUAAUCAUUUUGUUAACAUCCGGGGCUCUGCAAGGGUUCCUUUGGUAAAGCAUCAAACCAAAUCCUAUUUUCACAGAGAGGAACAUGUAGGGUAAAUUCCAUCCACAAGCAACUGUUAUUUAUGUCUCAGAGUUGUUAUUUAUAUAUCAUCAAAAUGAGAUGAUAUCAGUAUAACUUUAAAUUAACUGUCCUCAACAGACUUAAUUUUUUUCACUGCUUGAAAGUGUUUUAUGGAUGAGUUUCUCAUAUUACGUUGUGUCCUGUAAUUUUCAUAGACAACAGCUGAUUACCUCUACUACGGAAUAGACAAAGACCAAAACAAGUUUUCCCUGACUUAUGGUGUCUUUGACUGUAAACUUUGUUUAGAGGCUGAGGCAGAAUUGUAAUUGAAUUUCGUUUGAGUAAAUCCAUUUAUAUUUGAUUUUUAAAGUAAAUUAGUAAAGGAUAAUGCUGGAUUAUUACACAUUGGGUCAUAUUUUUAUAGGUUUGGUUAUCAUUCCUAUUAUCAUUUUACUCCCCAAGCUAAUCACAGAAGAAAUCUGGGAAAUACUGACAUCACCACAAUAAGAUCAAACAAAGUAGUACAAGCAGCCAGACCAUAAGACAAGUCGUAAACCAACAGUUUAGGCAGGAUUAUUGAAGCCACUUUAUUUAGGGAAAAACUGAGAGAGAGCACAUCAAAUAUUUAUCACAAAUAAUCCUUGACUGCGAAAGGAAAAAAUGAAAUACAAACUAAUUUCGUUGAAUGAAUUCUUAACGAACGGUUUGUUCAAGCAUUUCCAUCAGUUGCUUUUAUUUUGUUAGUUUGAAACCUGGGAUCCCGAUUGUCUGACUGCUGGUACCUCAUCUUGUGAGUUGUAUUUUCUUUUAGUGAUGUCAUGUGUUCCAAGGUCCCAGGUCUAAUAUAAAGUUGUAACAUUGAGGACAAUAUGCUGCCUCAUAGUGACAAGUCUCCAGGAAAUCACUUCACCUGGUCAAGGAAAUCUUCCCACAAAACAAAUUAUCUUAAAAUCACAACUUACUGUUUUUAUACUUCAACCAAUUGAGACAUGUUCAUUAGUAAACUUUAGAGGUGCUGCUACAUUUUUAUCAAACCUUUUGACAGAGCAAGCCGAAGCUAAUGUGAAGCUAAUCACUGGUAUCAAACUUCUCAUCUAACUCUGUAAUAUCAUCAAAUGUCUGUUGAAACCCUGAAAAGAAGACCCAGGAAUGAUCCUCUAAAGACAAGUAUUGUCGUGGAAUGUGACCAAGAAGCAAGGACAUCAUUAUCAACCAUUACCUCUGAUUUGGUUUGUACUGUAUUUUGUUUGAGGUACUGACUCACUCUAUCUGGUAUAGCUACAGUGAGCAUUAAUGACAUAAACAAAAGAUGGCGUGUGUACGUGACUGUAAACAAUCUCUUUAGAGUAUUCAGUUGUUAUAGAGGUGUGGCCAGUGCAUUCAUCUUGUUAUAUUAUUUUCAUAACAACUUCAGAUGACAGUAUGUGCUUCAGCCAUGUUGAAAUAUCUCAGUGGACAGCUUAAUAAAAGUGUACUUGUCCAGUU